AUGAUAGGCCUACCCAAGGGUUUGGAAUAUGCUAGGAAGGCAAUACAGCUGGAUAUGAGUGAUGGUCACUCGUGGUUGGUCUUGGGUAAUGCCUACCUGGCACUGUUCUUCACUGUCGACUCCAAGAUGGAGUCACUUAAGCACUGCAAGGCUGCUUAUAGCAAAGCUGCCAAUGAUCCACUAGCUGUUGUUCUCCCUGAGCUCCACUUCAGCAAAUUUCAUGUUCAGUGGUACGAGGAGGACUACGCUGGGGCUCUCAGCAGCUUACAACGUGCCCAUGAGCUAGAGCCAACCUGGACAGAGUGCCAAACAAAGUUUGACGAGUGUCUGAAGUUUUUGACCAAACUCUCACAGAUGGUGAAGAACAAGGGCCAGCUGAACCAGAGACGACUCAAUGCACUAACAGCAGAUAUCAAUACUAGCCAGCUGGGGCCAUAUGAUAAAGGAGGAACCAAUCUCACCAGUGGUAGAAAGCCAGACCUGGUACCCAUGGCAUUGUUGGGUGAGGGUAAUAACGAGGAUAAGGUGAGAAGACUGAUAGUAAGUUCUUUCUUACGCUAACGUUUGAUGAUACAGUGUGCAGGUUAUGCUGUUAUCAACUGGUCAAU